GAGGUGCCACAGGACUCCUUGUCGCUUUUGCAGCUCCAGACUAACACGGCGACCCUUCUGAUACUUGGUUAUGAAAGUAACUGUGUUCAUCUUGUAGGUCUGCAAUACGCGGUCGGCAAAAAUGAUUUCCAAACAGGCAUAUCAUAACGGGGUGGUGAUAGUGAAGUGUCCUGGUUGCAAGAAUCACCACGUCAUAGCAGAUAACCUGGGAUGGUUUUCAGAUUUGGAGGGGAAAAGGUCAGUGCCCAUAACAGCAGCUCUUCCUGCUCACGAUCAUCAAAACGCAGCCCAACCCCAUCUAGCCGGCACACCGGAGUUCUGUCUCUUACAGGCUGUGAACAUUGAGGAAAUCCUGGCAGCCAAAGGGGAGAAAGUGAGACGUGUGGUUGGCGAGGACUCCUUGGAACUGCUCCUGGAGACGGCUGCGGAGACAGAAGAAGAAGGUGGAGGAAGAUCCCCGGACUCUGGAGACAAGGGAGCAACCUGAGCAGAGCUCCCGCUGCCCUGCGUUGGGCAGAGACGGACUUUGCCAUUUCUCUCCCCCUUUCAACUUUCUGGAUUUUUUUUUUUAAAUAAAUUCAAGAUCAGUGAA